AUGUCUAUCUUAGUUCCAAGAGGAAAUGAAGCUUUGAAGCUCAACCCACCAUUUGGGCUUGAUAUCCAUAUCACUACACAUGGAUCCGAUUGGUAUUGGACAGUCUUUUCAUUAUUUGCCUUGGCAUCUUUGGGUGGUCUAGUGUUUUCACGUAUCGGCCCUCAGACAGGAAGCAAAUUCUUUUACUACAACUACAUGUUCAGUACCUUUGUUCUGUCUAUUGCCUAUUAUACAAUGGCAUCAGAUCUUGGUUGGACAGGAAUUCAGGCUGAGUUUAAUCAUGCUACUGUUGACGACGGUGGACUGGUUCCAGGCAUCAGACAGAUCUUUUACACAAGAUACGUAGGAUGGUUCUUGGCAUUCCCACCUUUGGUUGCAAACUUUGCGGUUCUUAGUGCUCUUCCAAUUUCAACCUCUUUCUUUACAGUCCUUACUGUGGAAGUUUUUGUUGUUAGUCUCCUGAUUGGCUCAUUGAUCCACUCAACAUACAAGUGGGGUUACUUUGUUUUCGCAGUUGUUUCAAUUCUUCUUACUGCCUAUAACUUGUUCUUCUCGUUUAGACGAGCAGCUACUAGUAAUGUCAGUCACAUCACAGGUGCUGUCAAGACUGUCACGUUUGGUGUUAGCGCUGUCGCUGGGUUGAUGUUCUUGUAUCCUCUUUCAUGGGGUCUUUCUGAGGGUGGUAAUGUUAUUCAACCCGAUUCAGAGGCUGUUUUCUACGGAGUCAUCGAUAUCUGCAUGUUCAUUGCUGUACCUACGUUCUUUAUUUUCACCACCAGCACAAUUGAAGCUGAGUCUCUUGGACUUAGAAACUUCAACACUCCGUUGUUCCACAGUGACAACCUCGCUGCUGAGAAGGAAGCAAGAUACUCUGGAGAUACUGCAGUGUCGAAUUUCGCUCCUACUCAACCGGCUGCAGGAACUGAACCAGUUUCUGUUCCAGAACCGGUGGCUACCAACCCCGCAGCUGCCAAUGCUGUUUAA